AUGUCGAUGAUCUACUUCAAUCACCUCUACGCCGAAUUCGAAGCCAUCGGUCAUUCGGUGACCGGCGAGCGUCAGCUGAAAUUCAACAUUCUCAAACGCAUUCAUAGUAUGGCGCGAGCGAUGGUGCGUCUCGACAAACAUGGCGACGAGGCGGUGCGCGCCCGCCAACAAGCCGACAUGGAGGCGAUCAACGCCAUCGGCGUCGAGUUCGAUCCGCGCUUCCGCUUCGACUGGGACAUGAUCAACGAGCACCUCGAGUUUAUGGUCCAACGGGAGCACGAGAUCGCCGAGUUGACGUGCAACGUGACGAAGAACAUCCGACGUCUCGAGUUGCUGCACUCGUCGUGGGAUUUGCUACAGGACGCCUGGUUCGGCUACAUCGAGCGCCAUCUGAAACAGACGUACUACUGCGAUUGCGGCGAGAAGCCAUUCGAUUCGAGCAAAUUCGGAUUCGGAUUCGAGGAGAUCGUCCUUGACUAG